CGUAUAUUCUAGUGGACGGUUCUUCAGAAACAGCUCGUCAACCACCUCGGUAGCUUGCUAGCCAACAUAGCCGAAAGAUUCAAGCUAUUUAUACGCUUUCGAUGUAUAUUAGCUACUGUGUUUUAGACACACUUCUGUCGUAUCUACUUGUUAACCUAUUUAAUAUUACGUUAUUUUGUAUUAGUCAGCUAUAGUAGCUGGCUGGUUUAGUUAGCACUAGCCUAGUCGCUAAUGAUAGCUAGCUAGCUAGCUAACAUCCCCGAACAUGAGAUCAGUAAGCUUCUCCCCUCCUGUUAAAGAAGAGGGGGUCUGCUGGACGGAGAAAGAGGGUCUGUGGCAGAACAUUGUUGUGAAAGAGGAGAAGGAAGAAGAGGAUGUCACAGUAAAACAAGAAGUAGAGGGUGAGGCUGUUACAGUGAAAGAAGAAGAGAAUGACGUUUCAGUGAAAGAAGAGGAAGAAGCGUUCAGAGUGAAGGAGGAGGAGGUAGAGAAAGAGGCGGAUGCAGUUUUUGGAGUGAAGAAGGAAGGGGAGAUUACUGUCACAUUGAAAGAUGAAGAGGAGGAGAUGGACGAUCUGAUUAACACCAGGGAGAAACAGGACUACCGUGGGUCCUCUGGGGAGCCUCAACAACCUCAUGAUGCUGACGAGGCAGAGAAGAGUCUCUCCACAUUAGAACACCUCAAGAAACACCCGUAGAGAUCCACAGGGUAUAGAAUUCACUGCUGCUCUGACUCUGGGAAGAGAUUCACCUCCUCAUCAGGCAUUAAAAUUCAUCAGGGAAUCCACACAGGAGAGAAAUCUUACUGCUGUGAUCAAUGUGAGAAGAGUUUUGUUCAAUAUAGCCAUCUGAAGAUACACCAGAGAACACACACAGGAGAGAAACCUUUUAGCUGUACUCAAUGUGGUAAGAGUUUUAGUCAUUCAACCAGCCUGAUAUCACACCAGAGAACACACACAGGAGAGAAACCGUAUAGCUGUGAUCAAUGUGGAAAGAGUUUUACUCAGCUAAGCAUCCUGAUAUCACACCAGAGAACACACACAGGCGAGAAACCAUAUAGCUGUGAUUAAUGUGGGAAGAGUUUUACUCAGCUAAGCAACCUGAUAUCACACCAGAGAACACACACAGGAGAGAAACCCUAUAGCUGUAAUCAAUGUGGGAAGAGUUUUACUCAGUCAAACAGCCUGGUACAACACCAGAGAACACACACACAUCACACAUGAUGUCACAAUGUAGAAUGUUUUAACAUUGUACUAGGAGAAUUUCAAUAAUGUCACAAUGUAGAACCCUAAACAUUUGCCCCCUGUUCUAUUGAUUUCAACAUGAUAUGGAUAUUAGCCUCAGGGGAAAAAUCGAGGCUCUGAAUUGAAAGUUGUGUUGUGUUACAAUUAACACGUUGGUGACCCACUGGAAUCAAAAUGCAACACUUCAAAAUGUAGCAAUCUUUUUUCUACAAGUUGUCCUCUAACCAGUGAUGUACACAUUACUCCCAGAUUCCGUGUGGUCUUUGAGCUGUUAGUUUUAACAGGACGUGCAACCUCAUAUCCCUCCUCUCGCACAAUUGAUUUCAACGUGAUAUCGAUGAGUGAUGACAAAUAAGUGUUGCGUUCCUUUGUUUAGCGACCCCUAAAUUUAAAUGCAUCACUCCAAAAUGUAGCUGACUGUCUUCUGCAGGUUGUCCUCUAACCAGUGAGGUAAAAGAUAUCAGCCAUUUCCAUGUGUUUUUUUUUGUUGUGUUAGAUUCAACAUCACGUACAACCUGAUUUCCCCCCUAAUCGAUAUCAGUGAUUUAUUGCUACUUGUCAAAACAACAGCGUUUCUGGUGCUUGUGUAGUUUAUAAGGAGCUUGUUUAAAUAAAUACAAGUAAUAUGAUUAUUGUGGCAGAUGUGUGUGUAUAUAACACAUUUUAUGUUUUGUUUUUCAAUAUAUCAAACUGUUUCUGCAUAUUUGUUAUUGAUUUGGACACGUUAAAACUGUGUUUUGACAUUGGGACUAUCCCACCUAGCAAAAUGUCUUUGAAAAGAAGACUAUGCCCGACGUCCAAUAUUCGUUUAGUUGUAGUUAAACAACUUAAUUUCAACGUACUUUCAGGUAGCCUGGUGGUUAGAGCGUUGGGCCAGUAACCGAAAGGUUGCUGGAUCGAAUCCCUGAGUUGACAAGGUAAAAAUAUGUUGUUCUGACCCUAAACAAGGCAGUUAACUCACUGUUCCUAGGUCAUCAUUGAAAAUAAGAAUUUGUUGUUAACUGACUUGCUUAGUUCAAUAAAGGUUAAAUAAAAAGUGGA